AUGCAGGAUCAUGUGGAACAGGACGUAUCGAUAAUCUUGACUAUCUUUUUCAUGAAAUUUGCCGGCUUUUGGUUAGCCGCCAAUCCUUCGGAACAAUUUCGAAGACGAAUUGCAUUGUAUUAUACCGCUGGUGCUGUCUCUUUUGCUGUUUACGUCGAAGUAACCGAUUUUUAUUAUUCCCGAGACGAUUUCACUGAGACAAUUUAUAUCUUGUGCAAUACUAUGACCCUCGUUAUGGUUUUAUGUAAAAUGUUAAUAUUAUCCCUCCAUCGUAGAAAAUUUUUAUAUCUAAUCAAAUACAUGCAAGAUCAUUUCUGGAAUUUUCAUUACGAAUCUUAUGAAAAUACGAUCAUUAAAGAUUGUAGGAAACAGUGUACGUACUUUGUUUGCUCGUUCACUUUCUUUGCGCAGGGUACCGUUUUUACUUACGUGGUAACACCGAUUGUUGAAAACAUUGGUAAAAACGAAUCGGACAGGAUACUUCCAUUUACAAUGUGGGUUGAUCUACCUUUUUCUAUGACACCGUAUUUUGAAGCAACAUUCGUAAUACAGGUAUUAUCCCUCUACACUGUAGGUAUUUGUUAUUUCUGCUUUGACAAUUUAUUAUGCAUCAUGAAUCUUCACGCAGCAGCCCAAUUUCGUAUUUUGCAACAUCGUCUUGUUAAAAUUGAUCAUGAAAAAAAAUUGGAAAACAACGAUACUCCUGAUUUUUAUUCGUUUAAUCGAUUACAAUUUGUUUAUAAUGAACUUAAGAAAUGUAUCGUACAGCAUCAAAUGCUUAUCAAUUAUUGCGAGGAUUUAAAUCACGUAUUUACUUUUAUUAUACUUGGUCAAGUAUUACUAUUCAGUAUAUUGAUAUGUCUUGUGGGCUAUGAAAUACUUAUAGUGAGUACAAAUAUUAUACAAAAUAAUAAGACUUUUAAUUCCGCAGAUGCAGCUCCUACUCGACGCGCCAGUUUCAUAUUUUACAUGACAGGUACCCUGAUACAAUUGAUGAUGUUCACAUUUAGUUGUAAUAUAUUGACAGAAGAAAGUAGAGACGUUGCUGAGGCAGCAUAUUCCUCAUCGUGGAUGUCAAUGCCCUUAAAUAAAAUUGGUAAAGUCUUGAGGAAAGAUAUUUUACUAAUUAUCAUGAGAGCUCGAACACCUUGCAGCCUAUCUGCCGGUGGAUUCUUCAAUGUAUCUUUGGAAACUUAUACAGCAGUAAUGAGUACCGCAAUGUCGUACUUUACUUUACUCAGACAACGCAGCUUGGAAGUAGUUGGUGUUUGAUUGAUAUAUAUUG